ACCGAGGCUAGCGGCUAAUUUAAAUUUCUUAUUCAAGGAAGACGAACCGGACAUUUCUGAACGAAUAAGACGCGCCCACGCCGCUGGUUUUAGAGCAGUAGAAAUACCUUUUCCUCAUUCAGAACUUCGUAAUGUUAUACAAGCUAAGGAGGAAACUGGAAUACAAAUAGUUCUUAUCAAUAUUGAUCUCGGCGACUCAAAGUUCGGGACUGCGAGUCUACCACAAUGUGAGGAAAAAUUUAAGCUGCAACUCAAUGAAACAAUUCAAUUUGCAAAGGCAGUGGAGUGCAAAAAGAUUCAUAUAAUGGCUGGUCUUAGAUUAGGAAGCGCAACUGAUCACUUGAAUGUCUACAAAAAUAAUUUGAAAUAUGCUUCUGAAGUACUGGAGAAGGAGGGAAUAGUAGGUCUGAUUGAGCCAAUAAAUAGAAUAGCUUUGCCAACAUACUUCAUGAACUCGUAUGAAACAGCUUGUGACAUAAUAAGGGAAAUAAACAGCAAGCAUAUUAGAUUGAUGGUCGAUAUAUAUCAUUUGCAACAUAUUCGGGGAAAUAUAACCGACGCCUUCUCCACAUUCAGGGAUAUUAUUGGACAUAUUCAAAUUGCACAAGUUCCACAUCGACAUGAACCAGAUGUUGCUGGCGAACUAGAUUUUUCAUACAUUUUUGGGUUAAUAAAAUCAAGUGAAUAUGAAGACUGGAUUGGAUGCGAAUAUAAACCGAAAACUACAACACUAGAAGGCUUAGGUUGGAUUAAAAAGUAUGAACAUUUGUUGUAAUUGCAAAUAUUAGUAGUAUGUCGCAGGAGUCGCAAUGGUAGAGCUCAACAUAAUAUUUUUCAUACACUUCGGAUUUCUUAUUUUUACCAUUAAAAUAUGUAUAACUGCGAUUUGCUUUUUUUUUUUGUUUUGAAAUGUAUGUGCUUUGUCUUAACAUAACCCGCGGGACUUUAUGAACUAUGUACAUUUAAUUAAAUAACUACAUUCGUACUGGAAUAAAGUUACAGGAUAAUCUAUACUAAUAUAUA